AUUUGUAAACAAUGAGUUGUGAGGAAGUGACGUCAUAUCCGGGCACUUUCAAGAUGGAGGAAAUCGGCAUCGUUGUCCCUGAAAAGGAGGAUUCACAACUCACAGAUUCCCGUCCUGGGACAUCAUCUGGAAUUUCUCAUGUGGAUCCCCUAUCACUGGACUUGGAGGACCUGUAUGUUAAGUACAAAAAACUAGAGAGACAGCUGGAGUUCCUUGAGGUUCAGGAGGAAUACAUCAAGGAUGAGCAGAAGAACCUUAAGAAGGAGUACCUCCAUGCCCAGGAAGAGGUCAAGCGAAUUCAGAGUGUUCCGCUUGUUAUUGGACAGUUCCUGGAGGCUGUUGACCAGAACACAGGCAUAGUAGGGUCGACAACAGGGUCCAACUAUUAUGUGCGGAUAUUGUCCACCAUUGACCGAGAACUACUGAAGCCGUCAGCCAGUGUGGCUCUGCACAAACACAGCAAUGCCCUGGUGGAUGUUCUUCCCCCGGAGGCUGACUCUAGCAUCACAAUGUUACAAGCUGAUGAGAAGCCGGAUGUGAAGUAUGGGGAUAUCGGAGGCAUGGAUGUCCAGAAGCAGGAGGUGAGAGAAGCUGUGGAGCUACCACUCACCCACUUCGAGCUCUACAAGCAGAUUGGUAUAGACCCACCUAGAGGGGUGCUCAUGUUUGGACCCCCAGGCUGCGGCAAAACCAUGUUAGCCAAGGCAGUGGCACAUCACACAACAGCUGCAUUUAUUCGUGUGGUGGGAUCUGAGUUUGUCCAGAAGUAUCUUGGAGAGGGACCAAGGAUGGUGCGAGAUGUGUUUAGGCUAGCCAAAGAAAAUGCCCCAGCCAUCAUAUUUAUAGAUGAAAUUGACGCCAUAGCCACAAAACGAUUUGAUGCUCAAACAGGAGCUGACAGAGAGGUCCAGAGAAUCUUGCUAGAGUUAUUGAAUCAAAUGGAUGGUUUUGACCAGACUGUCAAUGUCAAGGUUAUCAUGGCAACAAACAGAGCAGAUACUCUUGACCCUGCCCUCCUCCGUCCUGGACGGCUUGACAGGAAGAUCGAGUUCCCCCUGCCCGACAGGCGACAGAAGCGUCUUGUAUUCUCCACCAUUACCAGCAAGAUGAAUCUGAGUGAAGAGGUCGACCUGGAGGACUAUGUUGCUCGCCCCGACAAGAUCAGUGGGGCAGACAUCAAUGCCAUAUGCCAGGAGGCUGGUAUGCAGGCAGUGCGAGAGAACAGGUACGUUGUUCUGGCCAAGGACUUUGAGAAGGGCUACAAGAAUAACAUCAAGAAGGACGAAACAGAGCAUGAGUUCUACAAAUAAAUGACAUUGUAUUUAUCUCACUUAUCACGACCAUUGUAAUAAAAAAUUGUUUGCUUCAUGAAA